UAAAAAUAUAUAAUAUGGAUACCCAAAAUCUGCUGAAACAGGAACUUGAAGAGAACUUAUCUGAAGAAAUACUCAGCGAAGAUGCCAUAAUCUGUCCCGUCAAGAUUUUUAGAAGGCUGGAAGUUAAUAUGAAGAUGACGUCCUUUCAUCCCUCUAAGUUUAAGAAGAUCGGGUUUAAUAGUUGAAAGAAUAUUAGACCUUCUGAUAACCUAAGAGAUAGGCCUAAGGGAACUAAGACAAGGAAAAUGUACCAAAAGAAUAAGUACAAGUCUUUCUUCGAAAAUAAGGAACUCUUUAUUUCUGAAGAAUUUUUGAGUAAAACUCAAGAAGAUUCCAAAUAUCACAAUAAAAUACUACUAAAAGAUAACACCAGUAAUCUCCUGUAUAAACCUCCAAGGGGUCAGAAAAGUGCCUUCGCUAAUCAUAAAGUUAUUGAAGGAGAUUUGAAGUCAGAAUCUGAUGAAAACCGUAAAGAAGAAUAGAAUUUACCCAUUUGAGACUCAAUAAUCUAGCACU